AUGGUUACAUCGGGUGCGCGCCACUAUAUCCUACGGCUGCUAUCUCGCUGCGCACUCUUGCUGCAUACCGUCAAAUGCAUCGAUCAUACUCCCUAUCGGCCAUACCUCAACAUACAGUUCUCGGCUGCUUACGAUGUCUAUCUAGAAAUACUUCACCGUGUGAAACAACGUCUUUCGGCAGCACUCAAUCAUGACACGCUGGACUGGCACAUGCUCAAUUCAUGCCCAGCUUGCUUCUAUAAGCUAGAGGAUGAGCCAGCGCUAGAAUUUGAUUGGCUGGUAUCCAUCGACAGCAAUAACAGUUUGAAACGCUGGGACUCCACUAUUUAUGGCUCAAACCAACGCAUUGAUUCUCGUAAGGCACAGUCAGAUUAUUGGCUUGAUCCCUGCGAUGUAGACCUGUUUAAGGAUGAAGUCAAAACACGAGAAAGGGACACAAAUGAUGAUAACUGGGAGGAUGAAAUGAUCGCAGCCGAAGGCACUAUCCCAGCAUUCAAUUGUGUCAACCGAUGGCGUAAUGCUGGUCCAGAAACUCGCAAAAAAAUGUUUGCGGUCUUCGAUGAAUCCAGGAUCUUUAUUGCAGCAUGCUGUCAUAGAUUUGUUGUUCUAGCCUGCGACAUGAUACGGAGUGGAGAAUUAGCAAAAUACCCGCUAGCUAUAAUUGAGAAGCUCCUCGCCAUAUACGGGAAAAAUGGUGGCUGUGCAUAUGAUAUCAGAUGCGCUUUUUCAAAGACGCUGACAAACAGUUCCUUGGGUAUGCGAGCGCGCGAGUUAAACCUUCGUCUCAUGGUGGGCGCGUUUCAUGGACAUGCCCAUAAUCGUAAGUGCCAGCUAGACUGGCAUCCCAUGUACAUUCCGGGAACUGGACACACUGAGGGCGAAGGGUGCGAACAUGUGUUCUCAUCAUCAAAUGAGCUUGCUCGUAGUACAAGACAUGCAAGUCCAUUCCACCGGCGUCAGACUAUCAAAGAACAUUUUUCAUUUUGGGAUGCUGACAAGUACGCCACUCUCAGCAAUUUCAUUUGGAACCACUAUCGCGAGGCACUAAACUCUAUUCAGACGCUCACUGUUGAGCUAGCUACCAUCAAAGCUGAGCUAUGUCUCACUGAUGAAGAUCUUUCUCAAUUUCUCAAAGACGAAUGUGAUUAUCUUGAUGGAUUGAAGCUGCCGCCAGUCAGAGACCAACUCUGCAUACGCUAUGUCGAAGUUCUCGAUGAGCUUGCUCAACAACGUAGUUUAGAGGAGAUCAACCAUGCCCUCAGCCAAGCUUGGAUUCGCGUGGACUCUUCCUAUGCGAAGUUACAGCACGCUGAGGGGCUUGUCGCACAUGUCGAGAUUCAAUUGGCUGUGGACCAGUGGUGGGAGAUCGGUGGGCCAGAGUACCAACACUUUAAGGAGGAGGCGUCUCUGGGUAAGUACCGCACUGCCCUAGACGAGCUUGAGCGUCUCGUGGUGAUGAGGCUAUUUGAACUUUCCAAACUGUCGUUAUCGGGCACAGGGUACAAACUACAUCAGCAGAUCGGCAAGGCUCUACAAUGUCGUUCGGAUGCCAUCCGUAAUGCUAUUAAUUGCUACAACACACAGGCCGCAGCCCUAAAUCCACCACGUCCCAAGAUCUCUUGGAAAGAUAUUGCUGAUUAUGGUUUUCUAGGCGAAUUUGAUCUUCUGCGAUAUUCUCGCAAUGAUAUUCGAAGCAGUGAUUGGUCAAAGCCAGGACAUCGAGAAGCAACCACUAAAUUCUUCAAACUUUGUCGAGCGUGUGAAGAAAUCACUCGACUCAAUGUUGAAGUCUGCCGGUUGCACACCUCCAUUCAUGAUGAAGAACUUCACAUGUUUACCGUCAUACAAGAACUUCUGAUUUCAGAUCCACACCUAGGCCACAAGCUGCAAUGCCAACACCAUCCGCGUGCAGCUAUUAAUACAGUACAUCACUACCGCUUGAAUCGCAUUGAGAGUCUCACAAGUUUUUCUGGAGUCAGGGGGGUUGGUCAACCCAAAAAUCUUGCGCAUAUCUCGCCAAUCAUUGAUACUGAGGAUACAGACGUGGAUGCCAUCGAUCGCGAAGAGCAAGACACAUUAACGGAGGACAUGGCUGAUUUUUUACAGUCGAUCAUCAACUAA